CAUUCCAGUUUGCAGCAGUAUUUGCAUCGAAGAGUUCGUCCUUGGGCGCCGGGACGAUGGGCAGAAGGCUCCCGGCGUUGUGCGGCGGCCGGGCGGCGUCGCGGGUGAGGAACAAGCGAGUGCAGCGGCUGAGCUAUUCCUACUCCUCCCCCAAGCCUCCUGCGGCGGCGCUGGCUGGAGGCGGCAGCAAGACCUCCAAGAGUAGUGCAGGAGGAGGAGCAGGUGGGUGCUAUGUCGAAGGCAACGGCGCGUUGAUAGUCGAGGUGGGCAGCGGCAAGAAGGACGGCGCCGGGCGGCGGGUGAUGGUGGUGGUCGACGGCCGGACCGAGGCAGCAGGCGCGCUGCAGUGGGCGCUUUCGCAGGCCGUCCGGAGCAACGACACCGUCGUGCUCCUUGCCGUCGUCAAGCCGGUCGCCCAAGACGCGGUCAGUGAUUCUUGUGUGAAGAUACUGGGGACGAGGAGCUCUCAACACCUCGAGGCGAUGAGGAGCAUGUGCGAAUCAACGCGGCCAGAGGUGAAGGUGGAGACUUGCGCCGUGGAGGCGGAGGAGCGCGCGCCGGCGGUGGUGGAGGCGGCGAGGCGGCACGGCGCGUCGCUGCUCGUGCUGGGCCAGCACCGGCGGAGCGUGGUGCACCGGUGGCUGCAAGUGCUGUGGCGCCGGCGGCGCAGGAGCUCCGGGGGGAUGCUGGAGUACUGCAUCGAGCACGCGCCUUGCGUGGCGCUGGGCGUGCGGCGGAGGAGCUCCGGCGGCUACCUCGUCUCCAGCAAGCGCCACAAGGACUUCUGGCUCCUCGCUUAGCUAGUUAAUCAAUUACCUGGC